AUGGCCAAUUCCCCAUCGCACCGGAGCCCAGCCUCGUCCACCUCGGCCGGCCGAGACUCCGGCUCCCUUUCACAUUCCAGAGACCGCCGUGAUGUCCCAUCCGCCACAUCCGCCGACGCCCUCGUCGACCCCGUGCCGGUUGAGACACUGGUGGAACACCUGCUCGCCGCCAAACGCUCCUUAUCGUCCAUAACCGCCGUCCUCCGCGCCAACGAGAUAGCCACCGAUGCCCGCCAAGCCCACGAGGAGGCUGUCGUUCUCUACGCCGAGACUCAGUUCCUUCAGCGCGCCAUCUCGGAUCAGCUGGCCCUGCUGAUCAAGGUCCGUCGUGGCCUUAAGAGGACCUACGAUGCUGGCAAGCGCGACUUCAAAAACCUAGUCAAGACCAUGGAUGCCACCAACGAGAAGCUCCAGGACACCAUGGCCAUGCUCAAGAACACCACUGUUGAGCCCGUCUUCCGCCCACCUGGUGAGGGUCGACGCAACCUGAUGGACUUUGUGGACGAGAAGAGCGUUCACGUCAUGGUUGAGGCUCUGAAGCAGAGCCUUGGCGAGCUGCAGUCCAUCCAGACAUCCUUUGACGGCGAUCUUUUGCGAUUUGACGACGACCUACGGCUCCUCAAAAAGACCAUCGCAGUGUCGCCACUGCCUCGCGCACCUUCCGACCCCUCUGCCUACGACCCCAUCCCCGAGCACCUCGCCUCCCUCGUUGACCACUCACACAGUAUGGCACAACUCUUGACGUCCUUGACGAAACACUUUGAUCUUUGCGUCACGGCGGUACGCACGACGGAAGGUGGCGCCGCCCUCGCCCGUCGAAGAGCCGCCGAGGCAACGCAAUCGCAAGGCGGCGACAGCGUGUCUAUAUCCGGCGUGAUUGCCGACCAAGAGUCACACAUGCCUGAUCUCGAUCCAAUAACUUCACAGGACCGCGCAGACAUGCUGGAGAUUGUCGUCAGCGAUGCUUCCGAGGUUGACAGCGUUAUGCAGGAACUCAAUGAGCGGCUGCAGGCCAUGGAAGAAGAGUUUGCCGCCAUGACGCAGCAGACGGAACAGAUCAAGGCAGCAUUCCUCGGAACGCUAGAUGCAUUUACUGCCCUGGAAGAUAUGGGCGGUCGCAUGGCCAGCUACAUCGCUAGCGAGGCGGAAUUCCUGCAGCGGUGGGAGGACGAGCGCUACACCAUUUAUAACAAGCUCGGGGAGAUGGACGACCUCCGAGACUUUUACGAAAAGUACUCAAACGCCUACGACAACCUGAUCCUCGAGGUCGAGCGGCGCCGCAUGGUGGAGGAUAAAAUCUCCACCAUUUGGAAGAAGGCCAAGGACAGCGUCGACAAAUUGAUGGAGAACGACCGGCGGGAGCGUGAGGGCUUCCGCCAAGACAUUGGCGAAUACAUCCCGACGGACCUGUGGCCCGGCAUGGAUGGCGGAAUGAAGCGUUGGGAGCUUGUCGCAGUCGAUGACGGCGCGGCCGAGGACGAUGCGAGCGGCGGCCAGAGAAGCACGCCAGCUCUCGACAGGAGCAUCGUGGACGCUGCUAGGGAUAGAUUGGACCGUAGCCAGCAGCCGUAG